AUGUAUAAGGCCGUCAUCCUGCCGACACUACUGUAUGGAGCGGAGACUUGGACGUUGUACGCAAAGCAGGCAUGCCGUCUGAACCACAUCCACCUCAGUUGUCUUCGUCGCAUCCUGAGGCUAAAGUGGCAGGAUCGAAUCCCCGACACUGAUGUGCUGGAACGGACGGGAAUCUUCAGCAUCUGCGCCAUACUGAGAGAAAUGCAGCUGCGCUGGAGCGGCCACCUGGUGCGCAUGGAUGACGAGCGACUACCCAAACGACUCUUCUACGGAGAAGCCGCGACGGGUUCUCGCCGUCAAGGAGGCCAGAUUCGCCGUUACAAGGAUACCCUGAAGUCCUCCCUGAAACGCCUGCAAAUCAACCCUAUCGACUGGGAGGAGCUCGCACUCGAUCGACCGACUUGGAGGAGGACAGUGAAGACAGGCGCUGCGAUCUACGAAGCCAACCGCAUCGCUGCCGCCAAAGCGAAACGCGAAGCCCGCAAAUCACAACUUCGCCCAGUACGCAACCCCGCCGCACAACCGCUUCCAACGUGUCCUCGAUGUCAACGGAAAUUCCGGGCUCAAAUCGGACUUGUUGGACAUCUUCGGAUUAACUGCGCCUCUCGAACGGCACCAACCAUCGUCCCCCCGCCUGCCUCUUCCUCCUCCUCUCCGCCGCCAACUAACUCUGACAAUUCUUCUGACCCACCACUUCCAUCCUCCUCCUCCUUCUUCUCCUACUCCUCCUCCACUGCUCCAGCGGCGGCCGCUCAGGCGACUGUCAUGCGCGCAACAACCGACACCACCACCACCACCUCCCCCGACUCCAGCGAUGAGGAUCAGGACUACGCCUGCCCUCACUGCGACCGCACCUUCACCUCACACGUCGACCUGGUCGGUCACUUGCGAAUCCAUCGCCCAGAGACUGGCGAACCAGUGCCUGGAGCACCAACCUACACCCACCGCACUCGCCUUCACUGCCACACUGCCCUCGCACCUUCAGGCAUCGCAUGGGCCUAUUCGGCCACAUGCGCAUCCACGACGACCUGCGGUAGACAACCGCCGGUCACACCGCACAUUCACUCACUCCCUACCUCCCAACACCAUCACCACCAUCACCCCACCAGACAUCAACACUCACACACCUCACGCACCCAACUGCCACCUCCCACGCAAGUGGGAAGUGUGCAUCUCGACUCGGUCCCCAUGCGGCUUCGGCUGCAUGGGUGACUUGAGUCCGAGACUAUCCUGACAAUUCAAGCGUCGCGGAUAGGAAGGUUGCUGAUUGAGGCCCGCUCUCGGUUCACGCAGUUCGUCGCGUUGUGUGUGUUGUGUGGAGUGGCGGACUGGUGGGCUGGAAGACGGACUGAAACAGCACCUUCCACGGCCCUCUUACGCAUGUGAGAGACACGCCGUUCAACCCCCGUUGUGUGAAAUCCUGGUGUUGUGUGUAUGGGGGGCCAUGUCGUGCUUUGGCGCGCGCAGGCAUGGUCAGUCGACCAUGUCAGCCACCGCGCCCAUUCCCCACUCCAGUCUGCUGACCGGCUCGGACAGCGGCUGGGGUGUGGGAGUGGGAAGGGAGAGUGAGGUCGACGACUCAGCGCACUUUCUCCUCACUAUAAACAAUCUGACGCGCUUGAAGCUAUCACGGUGCGCUAAAAGCCGUGGCUUGGAAGGCUGCCAACUGACGGGGUAUCUUGGACCCCCUCCUUGAUGGGAGGCGGUCUGAGAGUCAGGCUGCAAUGGCUCCUUUUUAAUGUGGCCUUUAUGGCACUCCCACCACAGUGUGGGAUCCGAGCCAGGCGUUGGCGGCACGCCCAGGUGCGGCUUCGGCCGUGCCGGCCUCCAAAUCUCUGUUGUUGGUUGAAAUCCUGGUCAUUUGUUGUGUGGACCAGGGGGUGUGGUGGAGCACCAAGGUGAGGAUCCGUCCAAGCCAUCCACCUGCGGCCUCCCUCGUCUCCGGUCUUCUUGACUCUGUCUUGACACCGGGCUCAUGCGGGGGAGGAGAGAGUCUAGGUAGAUGCAGCGCAAGUCUACUGGCACUAUAAACCUCUGCGCAAGUCACCGUCCCUGCUCCCAUAAUGCUGUGGGGCAUACGGUGGACAUCAUCGAAAUCGAUGGUCGAACUGUCAUUCUUUACAAUCAUGGAUGCCGUGGGAAGUCCAAGUUCAAAACAGUCCCGAAAGUGUUCAGAGAAAAGCCGCGAAACUGGUUAGUGUUCGUGGUUCCUUCCCCAAUUCAAACAGCCUAGAAAAUCGGAGCCUCUAACCCUUGAGUUAUAAGCAACUACGCACAGAUCUCUUGUAAGCAUUCUGCAUUGCAAAGGGAUUAGAUUGCAGCCGAGAUUUUGAGGGCUCUCUUAAAUAUGCGACCACGAUUAACCUCAGAGUUCACCCAUUUAAACUGACUAUUCGGCAGGCAAGACUGGAUGCGCGAACGUUCCCCUUCUUUGCCAGAGUAGUCAAAUAAUGGAAUGUCCUCUCUACAGAUAUUGUGAUAUCACCAUCGAUAAAAAGCUUUUAAAGGAACCGUGAUAUAUUCAUGUGCCAAGGUGGAAAAGAGCGGUGAGAGACCGAGCUCAAUCCUGUAGACUCGCACUCAAUUCGCCAUGUUAUUGUGGACCAAUAUGAACUGUUUCAGCCCACAUGAUUUCUCUUUACACCGCACCCAAUUGAACGUUACGAAUGGGGUACCCCAAGGCUCGUCCCUACUUUCCCAAAUAAAAUGAGCCGAUUUGAAUGCAAAUGAGAUGCGAUUCGCCGUGGACAUUCCGCAUUAUCCGCAGACAUGAUUACAUGGACAAAUCUGAAGAUUUCAUUAAGUUUACGAACAUGAGCCACCUGUGCGCUCAUGUGCACAAGGUCAACUGCGAAUGUACUCAGCUAGAUCAAUGGAAGGUUUUCUUCAUUCAGGGGUAUUUCGGCCGUGGAACUAACCGCCGUGUGAAGCUGCGAAUUCCGGCACCAUGGUUGUGCUCGAAAGACCAUUGGAUUGUUUGAUUUUUGACAACCGACGGCUCUGUCUGCAAGACUUUAUGUCCAGCAACAAAGACAAGGCCGACUGGAUGACCAUUUCUCGCUCUUUGGCCGUCGUCAGCCAGCAAUACCCGACUGCUAUAUCGUCCUAAGCAUCAGGCAUUGACUAUGCAUUUACUGGUCACCGCUCUAAUAGAUUGGCUCGCUUUCGGCUGCAGAUUUUCAAGGGACUGUAAAAAACAAAUAGUGAUUACCUAUUCGAGGCAUAGGAGGAAAAAGACGACACUGUGUGAAAGCCGAACAAAGAACAUCUUCCAAUCAAACGAGUAAGAUCUGCAUCCCAAACUGGAAGUAUCUAUUUUCUUUUGGGUCUAACAAAGGUGCAAGGAAUUUAUCUCUGAUUGCACACCUGCUUUAUGAAACCUAGGAGGAGUGAGGUAUGUCAUGUCCCGGCUGCGGUCGAGGGCAUCUGUGGCAUAAGCACGAUUCAACCAAAUUGCCAGUAAUGUGUGUCUAACGUCCUAAUAUUCGCGUCAGCUUCUCAAAGACUGCUAGCCGCAACCGGGCAUAACCGUUCCAUUUUUUGCGGCUCCAAACUAAUGUGCUCACGGACUCAGUUCCGUUGUUCAAAGGUAAAAUUGACGUCUCCCUGUGAGUACCUUUUUGCAACGUUAAAAUGGAUACGGUGUGCUGGGAAAUCCCGUUUGUGUUAACAGUUUAAAUGGGACCACAAUAAUUUGGAAACAUAAACAUAAGUCUUAAGAGAUGACUCCAAGCUUACACCGGUCAGACUCACUUUAAAAGUUCUCUUUAAAGCAUUCCGUUGAAGGUGGCAUCACAGCAUCUGCCGGGAGGCCAUUCCAUGUGAGCGAAAAUGCAGCUCCGAGAACAACACGGGAACACUUGAACAAGAGUUUUUUUCGCUUGACGUCGCGGAUUAAUGCUCGAGUCCGUCAACGAAGACACAAUCAGAUAUGGGUACUUCAUACAUAACAGUUUGCAGUAGUUAAGGAAUAGAGUCGCUUUGCUGUCGCAUACUUAGCAGAAGUAGCAGGGAAGUUAAUGGCGAUCUGAUAAAAAGUGCUGAUAGGCGCUCUUCUAGCAAACUUUGCUCUUUCGUAUAUGUAUAUGUAUAUAUUGAAGGAUUACAGGCAGAGCCCUUGAUGACCCUAUUUAUGUACAGUGCUUUCGCAGAUUCAUAAUCAAAAAUAAAAUAAAAUUGCAGGAAUUUAAAAUGUGAUUGGGUCACAGUUCAAUCGUAAUCAUAAAGUAGUGCAUAGGGUCACUGUAAAUUAGUGCGGAAGAUUGUAUAUGACAGAUUUUGCAAAACUGGCUGUGCAUAGUCAUGCUGUACAAGCCGAUUUCUGUCGAAAACUAGAGGAGCAAGUUUUCUUUUAAACACACAAACUGUGUCAGCCGUCACCAUCUCGCUUGGAAGCGAGUUCCACAGCCUGACAACCCGCUGGCUGAAUGAAAAUUUUCGUCGGUCUAAACGCGUGCGCUCAUUCCCGACUUUGUAUGCAUGGCCGAGUAGUUGCUUUGUACGGACGAACUCAAAGAAGUCCUCUGUUCUUAAUGAGCAACCCUGGUCGCGAACAAUCUGGAACGUCCAGAGUAGACUGCAGUUUAUUUGUCUAUAAGAGAGAGGGAAUAGGCCAAACAAAUUCAGCCUCUCCUGAUAAGACAAAUGCCUUAGACCGUCGACCAUCUUUGUCGCUCUGCGUUGCACCUGUUCGAGUAAGUUGAUAUCCUUCCUCAUCCAUGGUGAAGCUGCUGGCAUUCCAUACUCUAGAUGAGGUCUUACAAAGACACCAAAGAGUCUUUCGAACAGUUCGGGAGGAAAUAUUUUAAAUGCACGUCUGAUCCAGUGUAGAGUACUAGUUGCCUUCUGGACCAUCUUUCUGCAGUGUUCUGAUGGAGAUAGAUUUGUGGUUGUCCAUACACCCAGAUCUCUGUGUCUUUCCACAGUUUCUAACCUCGUCCCGUCAAUAUAGUACUGGUGUUUGGGAGAGGCAUUGCGGCCGGUGUUCAGGUGCAAAACCACGCAUUUGGACACGUUAAACUUCAAACGCUAUCCGUUCGACCAAGCAAACAGUUUGUUGAUGUUCGACUGCAACUUCUCUGCGUCAUCAUCACACUUGACUUCAUUCCAUAUUUUUAUGUCAUCCGCGAACAUGACAGCCUUGCAAUUCACUUCGCUGAUGCAGUCAUUAACAUAAAUCAGGAAGAGUACUGGGCCUAAGACAGAACCCUGUGGGACACCACUUUCCACCUUUACCCAUUCCGAGGUAGAAUUACUAACGACGACUCUUUGUAGUCUGGAGGACAGAAAACUCCUGAUCCACUUAAACAUUCUUCCUUGAAUUCCAACAUCCCAGAUCUUCUGUAAAAGAAGCCUGUGUGGGACACUGUCAAAGGCCUUCCUGAAGUCAAAAAAUAUGACAUCUACUGGAAAACCCUUAUUGGUAGCUCGUGUCCAUUUCUCGUGCGAGUAAAGAACACUCGUUAGGCAGGAGCGCCCAGGACGAAAGCCGUGUUGGGCAUCACUCAAUAUUUUGUUCUGUUCCAGGUAUUUCAGCAAGUGUCUUUUGAUAAUGCGUUCCAUUAUUUUACACGCGAUGCAAGUAAGACUGGCAGGAAGAUAAUUUCCGCAGUCAAGUCUUGAGCCUUCUUUAUGGAUCGGAGUAAUGAGUGCGCACUUCCAUUCUUCCGGGAGCUCGUCGUCUUCAAAUGACUUUUGAAAUAUUGCGGAUAAGGGUUUACACAGUUCAUUAGCAAGUUCACGAAGUGCUAGGGCGGGAAUUCAAUCUGGGCCAGGCGAUUUGGCAGGUUUCAGCCGCAGUAGUUCAGCCCUAACUAUGGUAGAUGAGAAGAGUGGUUCCUCGGUUAAGGAGGCUAGGGAGGGGAUAGGAGGGGGAAGGGUAAUGGGAGGAGAGGUUUGUUGGCGAAUGGAUGUAUGGGCAAAUAUAGAACUAGGUUUUCGGGUGAAGACGGACUGAAAGAAGUCGGAAAGGGGGGACGCUUUAACCUGGUCAUCAAUCUCCACUUUUACAUCUGCAGACCUAAGCGCAGGGAUCAGCACCUGAGUCCUUUUAGUACUUCGUAUAUAACCAUAUAGAAUUUUCGGAUGCUCCAACGAAUUUCGGAGGAUGUUUAGUUCAAACUUCUUUCGCAGCUUUGAGUCCUCACUUUUACAGACGUUUCGUUGCCGCUUAUAUUCCUGUAAGUGUUCGUCGGAGCCAGUUAGUCUGUAACGCCUCCACAGACGAUUCCUUUUUCUGAAGGAGGCCUUCAAGUCCGGGUUUAUCCAUUUGGGCGGUUUGUGAUUGUUUUUCUGCUGAGACGACAAUUGUACUAACUCCCGUUAAGACACCUAACCGCUCUGAAAUAUUUGAGAACAUGAGAAUAUUACUUUGCUAAGGAGUCUAAAAGACGUAAAAACUUUUAAUGCGUCUCAUGGCCAUUUUUAGCUCGCGGAUAUUUUGAGCGUGUUCCAUCGUUUCCGUGAUGCACAGCCAUGCCUUUGAAGGGCCAGCCUAACGUACAGUCUUUAUCUUCAGGAGUCUUAGUUCGUAAGAGCAUAGGUUCUCUUAGAGUGCCCAAGAAAGCUGUUAAUGAAUGUAAGUAACUCGUAAGCCGCUAGGGACUGUGGUACCCACAUACUAGUAUAAGCCCUUACGUAAAUAGCAAUUACCUGAGCAUUUAAUAGGAUAAAGCCGUGGAAAAUGUGCACUUAAACUUGUUUUCUUCUAUUUCAAAAUGACGAUCAGCUCUCCUCGAGUGUGUGGCUGUCGAUUCCAUCGACUAUACGGACGAGAUUGAACCACACCUCCGAAACAACUAUCGCUUCCGAAGGUUGUCAUCGGAAGCCAUCCAUGUGGAUAAAGCCUGGCUUGUGCAUAACCGUAAACUGGAUGAUGCUUUCGGCAAUGCUAGAAAACGUCUGGUGAAAGGCGAUGGCCUUGGAAGAACGCAGAAUGUUACUGUAAGCGUACGCACGGGCUUUGUUUUCACCGACAAGUGGGAAAAUGUGGAAAAUGUGGCUUCUGAGGGCUUGAAGCCAGGUAACCUGCCAACAACGUGGCUUGGAAAACCAAGUGCCGGUGAGUGAUGAAGGUCGUCGGGCGGAUACUAGGAUUAAAUUUGCAUAAAAUGCUUUUGCUACUGCCGUCAGGACCUCCGUGCGGAUGGUAUUUGACAACGUGUUUUUUAAAGCUGUUGUGCUUACUUUUCCGAACAUCGUUUUGUCUGCGCUAAAUUGUUCGAGCCAGGCAUGUGCUGAAGACGGACAUCAAUGAUACUGAGCACUUAGUGGCACGUGGCUGUGGUUCAGUACCCACGACGUCGGGCAGUUACUUUUUGCAAUACUGAGGGUGAUCCGGACUUUGACCCAUUUCUCGAUGGUUACCCGCGUAUAAGUGACUUGAUAGGGACGUGUUUCUUUCAUCUUAGCGGGUGUGUAAGCGCGCCGGGCAGGUUAGAGUUUUCAGCGUUCCUUAACCCACUUUCGCUUGAUCCUAACAAUGAGGAGGACGUACUUGUCGCCUGCCUUCAUCUUUGAAAAUCAUGAUUAGCAUUGUUUUCACCGUUUUCGAUGUAUUGGUAGGGCCAUUGGGAGCUAAUUUCAUGUAAUUUUGAGUUAAGCGUUUAAACGUUGAUCUCUGCUCUUCAGCACUGGUUUAACUCUUAUUUGGAGCUUUCUUACUCUUCCCACUGUCGUGCAGCCGUUAGGUUAAACAAAUAGUUCCUAGCCAGAGGGAAUUUGGACUCAUCUUGUCGCCAGAUUCCAUUGAAGAGUGCGUAGCAUUUGAAAGUUGGGUGUGUCAUUGUCAGUGCAGCCUGACCUGUUUCUUCUUCAGGCCGCCAAAAGGUCAUGAGUGCUUUUAUCCACAGGAUUGUUUACUUUUUGCUUUCUCAUACAUUCUUCCUUUUUGGAACAGAGUUGUAAGGCAUAAUCAACUUUGACAAGGUUCUGAUGCGUAAGUGAAGCUUGACAUGUGCUGGGGUUCUCCGCCAAGAUCUGACAAUGAAGUCAACCACAUAGUCUGCAACCGUCCAGUGCUUUUACCAUAUGUUAGCCUGUAAGCAUCCGUUUUGUUGGUCACGCCCUAAUCCAUCCAUGAAUGUUGACAAUUCUGUGGGUGUUGUGGGUUGCAAGUCGGUUUGGGACGCUCCUCUUAUAUUUUCGACAUUUUGGUGACACGCGACCAACCGGUUCGGGUGCUAUUACGGCUAUGUCUGUAGCUUCUGAUUCCAGUGUUAUCGUUGUGGACAUAUACACCCGAACGCGUCCUUUUUCUGAGAAUCACUUUCCGGGAGGCGUGACGCAUUAUUUGCAUGAUUCCAACUAUACUACUUAAGGUUGUUUGCUUUUCAAGGGAAAACAACUUGCGCAGCCGACAGUAAGUCUCGGAGAACCAAUGCCACAAAUUCCUCUCGUUAAUAAAUCUGGAUUUUUAUUGCAUUUUUGUGGAAGGUUUGGCUGUCUUUAGCAUUUCUGCUUGAUCGUGCGGAGUAUUUAUUUUGAAUGACGUGCUUGAAGUCAGCGCAAGGCAACCUGCACACCUCUCGAGCUAGACCUUGGUAAUGGGAGAAAAUAAAUCUGAAUAAGCCUCCUAUCUUUUGCUCCAUCUUUCGAGAUUUUUCAACUGUCAACAUCGAAGAAGUAUUUCUCAUGACAACCACACCACAUUCAUCCGCCAGUCCGACUUCAAAAUAGGCUUUGGAUGCUUCUUCUCCACCACAGCGCUUGAUGUAAUGCGUAGAGUUAAUUUAAAUCGCCGCGCAAGCUAGAGAAAUGAAGGCGACAGCGUGGAACGUUACCUUUUCGACCGUCAUUGUGACUGACCGUUUGUUCAGCUGACUGCUUGUAAGGUUGUCAGAACGCACGUAGAGUCCCUGACUGUUGUAUUUGUCUCAAUUGCCCUUGCAAUGCUCUAAAAGCAUCACAAUCCCAAACUUCACGUCCAGUAGCAAAGAACUGCCCUCCUAGUCAGUGCACUACCAGUGGACUGUGUUAUAAACUGCGUUAUAAGAUCUGUUGGACUCACGCCUCAUUGCCUUCGCAGAUAACGUGAACUAACUUGGAGUUCGGACGCCCUCAUUGCCAUAACCUCCACCUCAUAAAUAUCUAUUUUGAUUACGUUCCCGUUUAAGAUACUCCAUCAAAGAGUACUAUAUUGUUUCAACUUGCUGAACACAACAUCUAGACAAAUCGAAAUGGCACCAUGACAUGUUUUCCGGUACAUCAACUGGAGCGUCGUGAUCCGAAAUCAUGGUUCCCUACACUACAGUUCAAUACUAACGCCGUGAAUCUAGAUGGCGUUUAAUGUUCGUAACUUUUAUCUACCAGUUCAGGGGCGAGUCCAUUAGAGAAGUAACUGUGAGUUUGCCGUACAGAUAAGUCAUCUGCGAUCAUGCGGAUAGUGGAAAGACUACGAAACGGUGGGACUGCCUUGUGUCGCCUGGCAGUACCUUUAUUCGAUGGCUCUGCAUAACAAAGCGGAUCACGACGACAGCUUUCGCGACAUUGUUAAAGCCUUUUUGUCUCUUGAAAAAUCAGAUUUCGGUUAUUCUUACACGCAAUCAGGCCGUGUUUUGAUUCAAAACGGAAGGAAAUGCAUCAACUAGGCCACUAAACAGAGAUCGUCAUACCAGAUCCCGCCCCCGGUCGCCAUUGUUGAUAAGCGUCGUCCGUAAGGCGAUCGAGCCUAAUAAUUAAGACAUCCUUUAGUAAUAGCGGAUUUCGGAAGAUUGAUGCGACUGGCUUAAAAGAUGAUAAUAGUUCGACCGUCGCAUCUGACGGUGUCCACCGUGUGCUCCACAGCAGGGUGAAGCAGACACGAUGACUUGCACACGAGUUACUUUAUAGUGAGGGUGGACUUGCGCAGCAUCCACCUCAUUCUCUACUCCCCACUUGGACCCGGGGAGGGUGCAGUUGGAUGGCGCGGCCGAACCCGCACCUUGGCGCUCCACCCCACACGCCCUGGUCCACAACUAGCACUUGACCAGGAUUUUGACCAACAACAGAAAAGGCGUAGAUGACUGGGCGGCUAAGCACACAGCCUGUGUACCCAGCGGGAGCAAAAUCACGUCUACCGCCAGAGAACCAGGUACCAAAGAAUUGUCAGCGCACACCAGGCUGCAAGGGCCAUGGUUUGCUAAUCAUGUCAUAGCAGACGUUCACAAACCCUAGGGCCCAGAAGGGUGAGACAGUCCUGGGCCAUCACCCUUCAAAGGUCGGGUAAUCAGUCAGCCAGUGACUGGAAGGUACCACCCAUUAAGCAACACACUUAAAAUGCUUGAGAGUGCCACAAGUCACAUUGAGAAGAAACCGUGAUAGCCUGUCUCUCGGCCCACCAGUCCAUCGCUCCACACAAACACACACACAAAUGGACAGAUUGCGUGAACUGGGAAGAGGCGUCAUUCGGUAUCCUUCCAAGCCACGCUGCUUAAGGCACCGUGAUAGUCCCAGACUCGGGUUUCGACAGGAAGAUGGAACCGUGCGUGGGAUGUGGCAAUCGAGUGCUUGUGGUGGUGCUAUUGUUGUGUGGUGCGAGUGCUGGUGGGGUAUGUGUGAUGUAACCGGAGGUUGUCUACCGAGGGUUCUCGCGGAUGCGCAUGUUGCCUAAUAAGCUCAUGCGGUGAGCGAAUAUAUGGGCAGCUGAGGCGGGUGUGAUGAGUGCCGCAAAGCCUUGUUGUCGAGACGUACCGUCACUGUAGCAGUCCUACGCAUUCAACAUUGUUUCCCUGACCGGGUCAGCUUUAAUCCGGAGCUGCUAAGGGUCAGGUCUGCAAACCGCACGUCUUUACCGUAUUUUGUUCAUUUUUCAAACAAAUGCAUUUUCUCUCAGAGUGCAAAGUCCUUACCCAGACUAUUUGCUAUAAAAUAGCCGGGGUGUGCGCGGUAGCGCGUAGCUUAGGAAAUCGCGUCCUUGGGGUCCAGCGUAAGACAGGAAUUCUAAUGCAUGGAACUGCUGUUAGGGACAUCUCGCAUUGCACACUGUCGAACCGAAGCACAUAAAAGUAUUCAACGAUUGGGGACACCUAGGGUACUUCGACUCGAAAGUGGAGUUUUGCGGCCGAUUAAGGUCUCCACAGAUGGCAUACUCACUCGUCCACUUGACCCAGAGGUAAGUCCUCCCGUAAGUAGACUGUAAACACUGCACGGGUUGGUGCCACCGCCUCCGUGGCCGACUGGCAUUUGGUCAGAUGUAUUUGGGUCGGACUUAGGAUCCUGGGACGCACUCUCUGUCACUUGACAAUGGAACGCUAGCUGGAAGGUAAUUCCUGACUACCUACUUGUCGAAUAAAUGGAAUAGGUUGUAUUAUUUUGCCGUGUUAUGUGCUUAAGCCACCAAAACCAAUACUUGCGUGUACGUCGUACGGUUGUAAUCAUGCGUGAUCUGGCGUCUUCGAUAAUGUCGCGGAUCGUACGUCUCCACGCGGGACGAUCCGCGGCAGCAAUCCUGGUGAGCACGAUCCAUUCGCCGACGACGGGGACUGCGGUAGUUCUCACACCUUCUUACCUUCCUUUUUGAGGGCAGACACAAGGAUGCGUGAGUCCCAGUCAUUGGAGACGACCUUAGCUCCCUUCUCUUGGCCAGCCACCUCAUGGAGCCAAAUCGCCACAGUGUCGACACAGAACGUAGAUUUUACCGAGGAUAUCGUCCUAUCCGGACGCUUUGUCGUAUUGCCUCUGUAUUGCAUCGCCGAUUUUCUUGCAGGGGUCACAUGCCACUGAAUAGGUUAGGGAGGAAUGUUCGGUACUGACGAAGCCGAUAGUAGCUUCUCAAACUUUAUCUGACUAAGGGUUUAGUAUCGCUUGAGAAAUUCUCAAUCCGCCCAUGAUUUGGGCUUGACAGUUAAGAAAUAAACCUCUCCAGGUGCGUACAAUUUGUGCAACAGCGCCGUUCCUUUGUCGGGGGAUGAGCUGGCCAAGAGUCCACCGACUAAUUAACCACAAUUUUUGUGUAUCAGGGGUACUGAAAAUUCGUCUAACUGGGGCUUUGUAAGUGCCAAUGGCCACUGAUAAUAGCGAUUGAUACACUCGAUUUACUUAAGCUGUGGUGAACCCUGUUGGUCUGUGCAGUUACCGUGCAGUAUUUAUAAACCGUCAGAAACCAAUUCAUGUUUUGUCCUCUACCACGCCAUCUCAUGCUUUUCCUUUGACAUACAUGGUGUGAUGAUUACUCCUUCGGAAUAGGCAAACCAUGAUUUGCCUGCAUGAAAACCAGUGUGCAGUGUAUGACAGAAAGAGUGCCAGUGAAAUUCCCGUCGUUCCUGCCUGCACACCAACUAACUACUGACUAACGCGGCAGGAAGACUAUCGGACUCACGCCAGUAUACUGACUCGCCGACCAUGCUGACUAUCGCCCGGCCACCACCAAGUUACGAUGAUCUACGGAAUGUAGCUUCUCGUGCGAACGCGGUCGCCGGAUUUGCCGUUCUUUUAAUCAACACUAAUCCACAGUGUUCCAAGACUAUAUCUGGCCAAAAAAGUUCUCCCUAGGAUUAGUAGUUGCUGGGUUGAGGACGUGGACAGUUUCAGUUAUCUCGUGACCAGUUGUCUCCAAACGGGUAAAUUGGAGGAGACUCAUCGUCUUGACAUAUGCUGCGUGAAGUUACAAUCCUUGGUAUUACCUAGACUAUUUAGACUUAAAUGUGAACAAUCACGACCCUGCCGUGUACAAGUAAGCACAACGUACGAGUUUUGGUGACAUGAUGUCGCAGUCUCAGGUCGACGCUGCAUCUGGUUGAACCACCCAAACGGACAAUUUUUCACCGUUUUAUCGGUAGAAGACGUCCUUGGAAGAUACUAAAGUCUAUUGCUUGAGACAUAGUUCGUCAGUGAAAGUCUCACAACCAAGGAUUCUCAGCUCAGGACCGCGUGUAGCAUACCGCUCGCGCGCAGGCGCUACCUUCCUCACCUUCGCGAUGGAAUGCUCUAAGGGAGGUUGUAGUCGUGCUGAUCAUCUCGCGACGAGACUACGCCACUGCGAAAACGAGGAACUUGCACUUGCGAGUUUUAUACGACCUAUCCGAAAUUUUCCAGCCAGAAACCAGUCGAAGUGUACGAAGCGCUACUACGCGAGAUUUCAACUUAUAUGAAGCCCCUUUGCUACAGCGGUUUUCGCCGUGCUUUCUUUUCAAGCCAGGCAUUCGGUAUUUGUCGUUUACACAGUCAGGACCCAAUCGCAUUACGUAUUGCAAGGUCCGGGUUUCGGGGGACGGAGGUCCCGCCUCCGUGAAGACUGUCUCAGUCACUAAAGCCUGAAUCUCCUCCUUAAAGGAGUGAGGAUGAAGGGUUGGUUUUGUCUCACACCAACGUCACCACGGUGUCGGUUUCUUUACAUUUACUCCUGCGAGCGGGUGUUCAUAUAAUUGGUGAAUGCGGGACACCAUCAGCCACCAGGGCUUUUAGAGAUUCUCUUUGUCCAUUCGAGUCGACGAUUUGACAAAGGUAACUGAAUACUUCACUCCAUGGAGUCUUGUAGACGUCCUUGUUCUCAAAUGCUCUGGCAAGUGGCACAUCCCGCAGGCAUGUCUAAGUUCUCUGAACAUCUCACGGUGAGCUGUACCCUGCUUGACCUGGCCUCUCAGACUGGAAAUUGGCCGGCUGGUGGUCUAAGAGUCAGACUGCAAUGGCUGCAUGAUGUAACCCUUAUGGCAAUCCCGCACCGUGGGAUCUGAGCCGGGUGCGGCAGCACGCCUAGGUGUGGCUUCGGCCGCGCCAACCUCUUUUUUGUCGAUGGUUAAAAUCCUGGUCAAGUGUGUGUUGUGAACCAGGGGGUGUGGUGGCACGCCUAGGUGCGUUUCCAGCCGUGCCAGCCACCUGCGCCCUCCCCCGACUCUGGUCCAGGUGGGGAGUGGAGGAGAGAGAGUGCGGCAGAUGCUACGAAAGUCUACUCUUACUAAACAAAUCCGCGCGCAAGUCACCGUUCCUGCACCGCUUUGCUGUGGAGCACACGGUGGACAUCUUCGGAAGCGACGGUCGAACUGCCACCUUGAAGUCGACUAAAGCAAUGGUAGAUGAUAACUAUAGGUGGCGGCCAUAGAACAUUUCCUGGUUGACUGGGAAGGUGCAGACCCCCCCCCCCCAACAUGAAACUGCUUUACCCUCUGCACGCGGUGUGCUGCUUAUAUCAGCCGACGUUACCAGAAGUACUGCCGCGCCAGGGAAUGUCGUCCUGGUCCUUUAUUAUUUUAGGACGAAGUCAUCCAGCCGAAGUCCUUACGCCGGACGAUGCUGUAAUUAGAAAAGGCCCAUGUACUUUGUAGCUGUGCCCUAUUCCUUGAGCAUGUGCACGUUCCCACAGGCGACACAUUUCCUCUUGUCUGAGGGUGCGAUUCUCACAACUGUCAUCUGGUGUACGGUGCUUCGCUGACGUAUCAGUAAGAGUUCUGUUCCGUACGUUGCAUUGGUGGACUUUCGAAGAAGUAAAAUGUAUCAAGAGCGCCCAGCCAAUUUAACUGCUGACGUAGGACUCCCGACGCGUUUUUGAGACAGCCUGAAUGAGAGUUGCAUCCGUUAAUGGCACUCAUUCUGCAUGCGACGUCUUGGGGAGCUAGUAGUACUUCACCUAAAACAUUGACACAUCAGCUGUGAGUUUAUGGAGUGAGAAGGCCCGGCUCUCCCACGCAACUUUGUUCGUGCAUGUCUUCGUUCUUCAUAUACUCAUAUAGUCACGCUAUAUUUUGCUUAUGUCUAUUUAGUGCUUGCAGCCUAGACGACAAGCACUGAUGUGUGGACUAUGGAAUUUUUAGGUCUGUGGCGCGGUAGUAGUCCUGACUUCGAAUCUCAUUAUGCGGCUAACAAGUCAUAAUUUCGGUGCUGUUAAGUUCGAUGUGGCACUCACUACUAACGACAACAACUGCUGUCUACGCCACGCACCAUUGGUUUGUUUCUAAAUCGCAAAGUUAACUCAACUUCAUCAUGGCUGUUUCUUGAGCACUAGCUCGCUUCCAAACCUUUUAUCUGGUAUGUACCGCCCUUAGAGGCCUCACUACCUGCCAGUGGCUCCCGGAGGACGGUGUCUGCUCUUUGUCAAAUGCGAUUUCGGGGAUUCUUUCCUUGUCCUGGAAAGCCUCGGCGACUCUAAGAUUUAUUACCACAAAAAGCUCCUGCGCACUUUUUAGGCAUCCAUUUACUGGUUUUCAUUAUACUUGUACGCCCCGGUACGACCCUCUAACUUUCUGUGGAUAUUCAACACUGGGGCGAGACAUUGGUUCUACGACUGCGUAUUUCACUGUCGCGUUUUCUUAUUGACACCCAGACUGCUUGCAGCACUUUUGGGGUGCGGCUGCCGUCAUCAGGCACACGCGUUUAUAUCGAUCGCUAUCGGCUACAAGAACUAGUUAGCAGUUUUGUUCUCAACUCGGCUGACUUUCGCACAGCUUGCAUGACGCUAGACAGUGCAUAACCGUUUCAUUUCCGAAAUACGCCUUGCGCUGCAUGAUCCACUUUCUCCGUUUAGAAGAAAUCUUACCGUGCAGUGUUUCACUCCAUAAAACGUAAUACGUCUCAGACAGAAAGUGUAUCAGAAACCCUAUGCUUGUUAUUCUUCUAAUCUGCAAUAAACUCAAAACCACUUCGGAAGUGGCAUGCUUGUGUUGCCUGACGUGUGGGUCUUGAUAAAUUAAUGUUCUACGUGACGAGUCGUCGAGUACUGUAAAUUCUCCUAUGAAAAGGUAGAGAUGACUUCUGGAUAAGUGUCGGUACGUAUCCUACUUGGCGCCAUCGUACCAAGUUGAGUUUUCUCCAGCUACGACGUCCUUAUGCGUUAAUUUCACACUGAAAUAAUGUAGGAGUGGAGUGAGCGGGCUCGAAAUGAGCGACGUCGGCAAAUGUGGCUUGCCUUGCAGAAACUGUUUCUCAAUUAUGCUCGUAUCUCGGUUUGUCAGACUUUUUCACUGAUUCCACAAGUCGUUACCGCACGUGCCGUCAUAAAUGCACUGUGUUCUGCUUAACUCAUACUUCAGUUCAGUUCAGUUUAUUGAGGGAAAUGUAGGUCUUCACCUUUCGACUCCCUAUUUGUGUACAAGCAAAUGCAAAAUCUCAAAAACUCGAAAAGGUAUCAUAAAGGGAACAAAUAAUCAGAAAAACGUCAGAUCUGUGCAGACAAACAAACUGUCUCGAAUGUUAGUGGUACGAGCAGUUGUAGAGAGGUCGUUUCGAGUGCAAGGAAAUACUUGUAUGUGUAAAAGUCCAAUCUUGCACUUGAAAGGUCUCGAUAAAGUUGAUUACCCUACUGAAGCUGUCGCAACCUGUAUUCGUUUUGACACGCCGCCAAACUACUGUACCGAAGUCAGUGGUUAAGCGGUAGUUUCUCACGGAUCUACUUAACUUUCGACUGCGUCUGGUCUUCUCUGAAGUGGUCCUUUAUCCAAGAAAUUCUUUAAGCCACAGGGAGACCUCGCCGGUACCUUGACUGGUUACGAUAAUAAGGUUCGGUCGUGCUUUUUAUUUCUCGAAUUUCACCUCGAAGUGUGCGUUGCCGUUCUGUUUGAUCAGCUUUUACUAAAUUCUGCCCACCUCUUUUUUUCCACAGGAGCGACUGUUAGCCAGUGCGUCGAUAUCUCUUUGGCUUAUCUAUCGUCUUCCCGCUCGAAUGCCCAGAAAAGAACGAAGGCCAGGCGAGACAACCUCGAUACACUCGAAGAUGAUCCCCCCUUUUUCGUCAUACUCGUGCGCUGGCUCAAAGGCCGUGUCUAUAUUGCCCCUUCGGUCGCUCCCACCGAGUCAAAUGGGGGUAAAGACGUCUCGGACAGCCGUUUGGAUCCACAGCCUGGUUAUACCUGCCAUAUGACAAAGUGGACACGGAUGGACCCCCUAGAUCCGGCGAAGAUGACACUGGAAGAAGCAUUUCAAAUCAGUCAGGUCGAUAUCUCUUGAUGGCCCGUUUACGACAGUCUGUGUACUCCCAUUGGAGCGAGAUUAGUAUUUGAGAUAGACGCUACUCCUCAUGGUUUCGACUUUUCCUGUCUAACCAAUUUGAAGUGUCCUGCUAUCCAAAACCUUAUAUUCAACCUUUGUGUUCAGUUUAUAUUUUUACUAAUCGCUCCUCCGUGCGCACCGUCGAAUGACUUUCAUAUUAAUCCCUAGUCAGAGGAUGCAACUUUGUUUCAUUGCAUGCAAGUACAUGUUUCUCUGAACAGCACAUGAUUAACUGUCGUCCUACAAUGACUCGUGUCAGUGCUUCAGCGCCUUCGUCAUUAGAUGCAGGGCCGCCUUAUCGACGUCCCAUAGAUCCAGUAGUUUUGUGCUAUACCCGUCAUGCCUCACUACGUGAGUGACAGCAAGCUCCGACUAUUUGUUCCUGUGACUUUUGGGAAAUUAACUCUACAAUACUAUUGUUUCACAUACUACCGACCCGACAUAACUUGCCAGAGCUUUGUUAGGGCCAUUGUUUCAAACUGGACCUACCUUAGUUUUUUCCCCUUAACCCUUGACCAACAGGUAUACCUGUACGAGUACAACGAUGAAAUGGAGCUGUUAGACACCCCAGAACAUAUUGUCCCAUUUGCCGUGGUCAGCUGCCGUUGGAAGCCGCCCUCUUCUGGUUUCGGUGGCAAUGAUGCUGUCGUCAGUGAUACGACUAUCAUAAAGAACUCACAUCUGUAUGACACGAAUGACGGCGCUAUUCUUCUUACAAAACAGCACAAAUUGUCCCGUUCAGCCACCAGACUAUCUGACCAGUUUGCGUCUGAUAGUUACUCUCGUGCGAUUGCGGCAGCUUACGACAGUGAUUCACCCCCCUCUUGGCCUUCUUCGCUUCGAAGACCAAAUCCAUCAUCUUCAACGGCGAGUCUCAACAAGCGCAGCCUCUUAGGGAACCCGUCGCCUUCACUGUUACCCACACCAACGAUGAGUAUUAUCAACAACCAGUGUGAUGUAAGAGCCGCGUGCAAUUUUAACGCCCUCCUAAAGUAGCGUUUAAAAGGAUUUACAAGAGAGCUCUGUAUUCCAGGAUUCCGUUUAUUUGUUAAAGUCCUCCUGAUUCUUAUGAAAAUUCCAGGGGUUCUCUGACUGCUCGUGGCUUUCACUCAUGCUGAUGUUUUGACUUUUUCUUCUCGUAUUUAAUGCUAUUUAAAGUUUGUGAUACAAGCGUCCGAAUUUGGCUUUUCGGAGUGGUUUACACUCGCGCUGUUUAAGGACACAAUCUUGAUGUAUGCAAAAUGUUUAGAUUUCGCCCAUAUGUCCAUCUAAACACGCCUUUUCAUUGUCUAGUUCCGGACCAUAAAUAAACGGAACGGCAUUUUGCCUUUACCGGCUGCCCAACCAAUUGCAACGCAGUCAUGUGGCAUUUUCGAACGUCUACACUUUGAACCGGACGCCUCUCAUCCCGAAAGUCGACUAUUUCGGUCAUCAUUUCAACCUGACGCGGCCAUCCUUUCUGGUCGGGCGUUGCAGCUUGCUGUGGGUCAGUCCGAACGUAUCGGCGUACAACCAUGUCAUCCUUCUAGCGAUGGACACCAGCGUUAUAUUGUUAACUGCUGCAAUCUCGUCUGGCCAGUCAGGAAUGAGGGCUCUGAUGUCCAACUCUGGCAACUUCCUCUUGAGAUAAUCUCUUACCGACAUCCUGGUUUCUCGGUAUACGAGGGAAUGUGCGUCCUCACCACUAAUCCUUAUUCUUCAUUUUAAAGUAUAUUUGUGUGCGUUGUCAACCAUUUAUUUACUCUUCCUUUUGUGUUAACCCGUUUCGGACGGACGGAGACAUGCUACUCUUUCGCAUCGCUCUUUUUUAAGAAUUGCCUAGAAAAAUUAAUAGUUUUACUUUUUGACUCCUGAAGUAUUGUUCAUAGGGUUUUUCAAUAUUUUUUCCAGACUUCAACCGCGGUUUCUUAUUACCGGCCUAAUAUCCCUCACGAAGCUUCAUUAUGAAUUGGCGGGCCUCGAGGAGCCGUCGUCAGAAGAGAGCCUAGAUCCACGGACGAAGACAAAACUUGCUGUCUGCCCCUACGUUUCCGUUGAUCGCCUUCGGGAGUGGACCAUUCCUGGAGUCGAUAAAUCUGAAAACCGAUCGAGGCCUGGCAGAUUUAAUGGCUACUGGGGCAAUUAUUUCCUGUUUACUUUGCCCGAUCUUACAACACAGCGUUGUGAGGUGGCGAAGCUUUGUGAAGCCCUCCGCGCAAAGCAGUUUGUUAGUAGUUUUCUCACAUACGACUCUUUGCAACGAUUUUCGGUUCCUUUCGUCUGCGUAGAGCCGUUGCCCUUUUGGUCUCGUUUUUCCCCACACGUACUGCACGUUUAGAAAUUGCAUGUUUCCAUCCUAUUCUGAGUGCUUCACAAUCGUUCGGUUGUUUGUACAAUAACGAAGCAAUUGCUACGGGAUCAAAUCUAGUCAGAAACCUGCCCUCUCUCGAGUCAAUUUGCUCUAGAGUCUUUGUGAUGGUUUAGCUAUUUGGAGGUGUGCUUUUAUGUAAUCUAUUUCUUUCCCUUAAGAAUAAACUCAGUCAUCUUUUUGGUUUCCUAGGAGAGGCGAAUUGAUAGCGGUCACGGACAGGUGGCCAUAUACGCGACCUGGAAGCGACCACAUAGACAUGAGCAAAACUAAACAAAAAGUCACAAGACUGGACGACAUUUUUUGGGUUUUCUCACGAUGCUCUUGGGCAGCCAUGUUUCCGAGCAAUACCUUUGACGAGAAACACGGACACGCGCUUUCACAGUGCGCAGAUGGUCCGCAGAUUUGAUUUAAUGAGUUGGUCCCCUACCGUGGAGGGAGGUUUGUCAGUACGUUGCUAUACUUCGGUAAUUCGGGGCGAGUAGGGCAUCAGUUGGGUUAUCAACAGGCGUGCACCCGUCGCUUUGGUUUGCCAGAACUCCGUAGCCUGUUUUCUCCCGGAAUGCUUGCCUGAUUGGUGCCCAUCUAUUGGUGAGCGCGCGCCCUGUCUACCCUGACAGGGACCCACCUUGAGUCGCUAAUGGACUACAGCCCUGUGGUUCAGUUGGCUCACUCAUGAGACCCAGUUUGUCUACCCUUAUUUUGGUAUUAUUGCGCAUGCAUGUGAUUGACGAACGAUAUGACCGGCCGAAGAUGGCAUAGACUCUGAAAGGUUACUGUCCUGGUCAUCUAGUGCCCCUGUCAGUCUGUACUUCUUUCCUCGUCGAUUGUUCUUCCUCGGAUGUUCGGGUUCUUCAUGUUUUCCGUCCUGCCUAGGAUGUGUAAUAACCUAGCUGACGAUCCUCGAGUUUCAUUUGCUUUAUACUGUUAGCACUUAGACACUAAGGAUAAACCAUGUUCUGGCAAGGACUCAUUGUUUUCUAAGUCGUUUCGUUCAUUUUUAGGCCUGCGUAGUCCGUAUGCCGUGCAAUUCAAACGCUGCUCUUUUCAUUUUUCCGGAUUCGGACUUUUCUCGUUCCCUAGGUGAGUUUAUAUAAACUUGUCGAUGAGGAAAUAUUUUAGGUAUUCCACAACUAGACAGCCUGGAAGCUGACUCAUUCCAUGGGAUCUUGCUCCUCCCCCAUUCACUCAACAUGACUUACGGAAGCAAAUGUGAUUGCAAACAGUCGUCAAAGUUAGCCAAUCCUACAGAUCCGGUGGAGAUCCGGAAGAACACGGGUAAGGCUCUGACUUUAUCUAGGCUGUUGUGCCUGGCUACCUAUGGAUUAUUUCACCCUCUAAAUACUGACCUCUUGUGACUUUGAAUCUCCAUUGUCACCUUUUGAUUCACUUUUGGCCAGAAUCCCAUAUAAGCACAUAAUGAACAAGACUGUCCAUAAGCGAACGCAAAGGUACCGCGUUUUCCGCACUAACGAAUAGGCUGUUUUAUUUAACCUCACUCUUCUGUACUCUAGCGUGAAUUUCUCCUAAGACGCAAAAAGUCUCCCAGACAAAUAGCGGUCUCGUGCGGAGCUUUGUGGAGACUGGUCUUAGGUCUACUUAAGAUCCCUAUCUUUCCUAUGUCUGCGGUUUGUUUAUCAUGUUUCAAGCACCCAUUACCUAUUUUCUAAUCUUUGACUAGUUGAGACCUCCAGGCUACGCUUUUACACGGCGUUUAUCCGAAUUUCAGAGUUUCAGUCUGAUUUGGUCGGAGUCAACAUCAUCGCCUUGUCCUCUCUAGUUGCUGCUCUACCAGACGGCGGCAAGGGCCUUCUGCGAAAAACGGUUAACUUGAUGUCAAAUAACAAGAAUAGCAAAGAAGAAAUGGAACACGAAUUUGUACCAGCCGGACAAAUUCCAGACACGAGCCAGCGACAACCAUCAGCCAAUCGAGAGGUCCCAACCCAGCUUUCCUCCGGUUUCGCCGACGGUAGCAAAGACUUUGUGGAAUCUCCAAGCAAGGAGUUUUCGAGUGCACAUUUACAUACCAACUACGAUGGCAGCAAACAUAUUGAUCGUCUCCUCCCCGGUUCACUCAAUAAUACCGAUUUGAUGAAACAGGAGCCCGUACCUAGUGCGAAAAGACAGGUCUCGGAGACGGUGCCUAAACAUGGACAUGCGUACUACAUUGAUCUCUCCGAUGAUUCCCCGGAGAAAGCGCGAACAACCCUUCAAAUCUCAUCCAGCCCGCAGUCAAUGAGCAUAUCCCCCGAGAAAAAGGGGACUAGCACAUCCCUCCCGUCAAUGAAUCCCGCUCAGAUCGGUGAUUUAGUAUGUAUUGAUGAGCCCGAAGACCCUUCCACACACCUAUUAUCACCGGCCAAGUCAAGUGACAUGGAUUUGGACUCAUCAUGCGAUUCUGCUUGCAGCACCCCAAAGAAAGCCCGAGAGAGCGUGUUUAAGAAGUCUUGCAAGUUAUCUAACGAUGAUCAUGCUUCACCUUUGGCUUCAGCAGAUCACGCCCGAAGGCGGCCGUUAGGCAUUCCCCAACCGCACGUCCCUCCAGCGCCUGCAAAGUAUUCGCCGCUUUCAUUUACUGACGCUCUUAUGAAACAGGGAAACAUUGCGCGAAAUGUUUACUCGACUCCCAUAAAGUCACCCUUAAGUAAGAUUGUUUCGUCCGUUUCCAACGAGCGGACAGCCGAAAAAUCCACAGUAGCUUGCCCAACUGUCUCAACUCCUUCCUUGACUCCUUCCAAAUCGGGCGUUAAUGGUAGUGGAGGUUUAGGCGUUAGUGCCGCUUGCGGGGUGGAAAGGUCAAAUUGUGGUGGGCGAUUCGGUCAGGAGGCUCCUCCUUGCAAAGCCCUUUUCGGCAGGAUUUCCCCCACACUAUCUGAUAUCGAUUUUAACACAGACACCAAGAGAUCACGUACUCUGCGAUUGCGCUCGCGUUCACCGCACUUCCCCAGCCGAUCACCCCCUCCAAAGCGACUAUUAGCCGACUCGCCUACCGCAGGCCAUACAUCUGUAGCAGACCUGCGGGAAAAUGAUUCGGCUCCACCCCUACAGGAUUCGAAGGGCUUUUCCGCGUCUUUGCCGUGUUCAGACGCGACUUUUUCACCUCCAUAUGUUCAAACAGCGCCAGGGAAUGCCUGUCUGCUACCCCACGUUCGAUCAAUUUCCAGAGGAAAUCGCCUCCCAUCCUACAAAGACGGCGAAAUGAGUAUGACACCGUCCACUGCGAGUUCGCUUUUUGUGGCACCCGCGCCGACUGUGCGGUCUACCCCUGAAGGUUCUACUGACAGACCCUUAGGUUUUGCCGACAUCGACGCGCGAGUUCUCCCACCUAUCUUUGAAGAUUCUGCGAAAGACAAGCGCGAUACGGGUAACUUAGAGAAGUUAUUUAACCCCACACAAGGCCACGAUUCGGAUUGCCGGGCGCCACCGUUCCGAAGUAUUUCACUGGCUCCUUCGCCGCUGGCGUCUCAGAGCAUGGUCCCUAAAGACUUCGAUGCCAGGUCCAACCGGCAGGGUUUUGGGGGUUCUCUUCACUCUCCCCACCCGUUAUGUGCGUCUCCGGGUGACGUUUUAUCAACUUCACUGCCAAAUCUCGGUCUCAGUGAGUUAUCAAAACCACCUGCACUGCCGGACCGCGAUGUUGACCAGCCAGACUUCCGACUACCGCCUCCGUCCCACGUUCCUACCGGUUCACUCAUACCUUCACCCUCUCAGGACAGAGUUCAGAGUCCCAAACCAGUUGUCCCACCCAUGCCUGGGUCGACUUCUGAUCCACAGUACGGAGGUCCGAAAAUAGAAGAGGAGGAAGGCGAGAUUAUUGACGACGAUGAAGACCCUGCCGAUGAUGGAGCUGAGGAUUCGGUCGAAUCAAUCGAUCUGGACCUUGGUGACCAAAGUUUUGGAGAUGCUGACAGUGAGAGUCUCACGUCAUACAGCCUGUCGCCAUCACCCAUCAAGCCAGGAAAAAGGUUCUACUUGCCCCCUUGGAAGAAUACGAAGAAGUACUUUGAUUAUAGGAGGGCCAGAGAGCAAGAAAGACUUCUACAGCCGUACGAUCCUUCCUCAGUUAACCGAGUUCGUAAGUCUGAAAGGACACGUAGAACCUCCUACUGCCCUACUUCGGCAUACCUUCCGGAACAGGAGUUCGACGAGCCCAGAUAUUCCCCAAGCGGUUUUCAACCGGACUACCGCGAUGUGGAUUAUCGUUUUCCGGUUCAGACCCAUGCUUCUUCUUUUGAGGGGAGCACAGACACUGAUUUCAGUGAAAACGGCGACCGUGAUUACAGAGUGCCCAGAGACCCUGGUUCAUUGAGUUAUUCGGAGACCUCCGUGGGGGCCCAAGGGCGCUACCAAGUCUAUGUCCCAAAAUCAGCCGAAGCCGUCUCGAUGCCGGUUAAAGUCAUCAAUCACGCACAUGUCGACAAGCGGCCUGCUCUAGCUAACAGGUCUCCCAGAAAUUCCGUUGAAUCGAGAAUUUCCAAACCUGACGCGGGAUUUCUGCUACCGAAACAGCCUCAAAAACCUGUUGCAUUGCUGGCUGAUCCUACGCUAUCUCCGUCGAAUUCUAGUUCUUCCGCUUUUCCUUCCUACAAUCGGAAAGAGGCCCCACAGGCGGUGCCGCGGCUUCGGUGUAGCGUAACCGUUCCUCUGAUGGGAGAGCCUCCCAUAAGUACGCCCCGUUUCCUUCCGCCGUCCGUCUUGCCAAUUAACCCGGUAAGUGUAGCAAUUGGUCGACCUGGAUUGUACAUUCAAUCCCACCAGCCGUUGAUUGGCAUUCCUGGAUUGGCUACCACCCCAAUGAAUAAUCCUUUUGCAGCGCUGAACCAGGCGGCCCUCCUGCCAUAUUACGCGUCUAUCCUCAACUGCCCAAACCCAACUUGGGGGAGUGGCCGUAAAUAA